CUCGAGUUGAGAAAUCGAAUCUCGGCCUAGGCCCACCUUCCCUUCGAGCCUCACUGGGAAUGCGUGGCCCAGAUGUGAUGGAACCUGGCCACUACAUGAACUCCACAACCUUAAUGUGCCUAGUCUUAGUGGAUACUUUGACUGACAAGCAGCCAGCGCGACAACGCGAUACUUGCGGUAAUUGGAUGAGGCUCUGCAGCUGGUCGAGUCAGAGCCGCAGACUCGGACUGCUGGGAUUAUGAAUGCCAAAUCAGGCUGACCGGACCCCCUCCCUUGAAGACGUCUAGUAGAAUUUGGCUCGUGUGGUAUCCAUUACUCGAC